GAGCGGAGUGGUGGGCUCGCGCAUCCGCGCCGUGAGAGAAGAGAAGAGCUUUCUGUAGGCACACACGCCCUCAACUCCGCUGGGGGAUUUAAAUACACCUUUGACGGCUGGUACGACGAGAUAUUUUUGUAUAAAAUCGACGAGAAGGCGUUGUUGCCGGUGCAGCGGGAGUGGCGCAUGGCGAUGGAACAAGACAACUCCCCAUGUGAGGUGCUGUAUCUCUGCUACGCGACACGGCCGUGGUUUCAGAGCCCAUUUGCUUCACUGCAGUACAUGCAGAUGCCGGAGCGCCAACUGUGCUACUCCGUCUCGGUGUGUCACCGCUGCAUGUCGCCCUUUGUCUCCCAGCGACACUUACGUGAACAUCUUGUCGGUGGCUACUGCCGAUUUCGCCGCCCACCCGGCAUUCUUCUCUACAACGACAAGGACUGCGGCCGGCGUGUCUAUUACGUCGACGGAGCCAAACAUCUGCACUACGGUCGCUGCUUGUCGCUCCUCGGCAAGGCGUUCAUCGAGAGCAAGCAGCUGGGGAGCGAUGUUGACAUUUACGAAUUCUUCGUUGUCACCGCACCGCGGGCGUCGUUGCCGUAUGUUCUUGGAGAGAUGGAGGAAACGACUUUUCGGCGUGAGGCGGCCAGCUUUGACGCGGUGCACUGGGACGGCGACGUCGUUGUUGGUUACUUCAGCCGCAUCAAACACCGCCCGGACCACUGCCUUUCCUGCAUACUCACACUGCCGAUGUUUCAGCAGAAGGGCGUCGCCGUCUUCAUGUUGGAUGUCGCGUAUGCUCUGACGGAAAUGCGUCAGCGACUGUGUGGGUGUGAGGCGGCGUGCGGCAGACGUGGUGGGGCGAUAUCGCGUCCCUUCUCGCCCCACGGACAGGCGCUGCUGCUUUCUUACUGGCGGCAGCGUGUGACGGAGGCUCUGAUGCAAAGUGCCGCGUCCCCGCCUAUUGACACUGAGGCCACGGCAACAAGUGCAGCGGAGGACGACGACAAUGUGGCCUCCACGGUGCCCUUCAGCGUCGUCCAUGAGAAGGUCCUAUUGGGUGGCCACUACAUACACGAGGAUGACCUGCGCUUCUUCUUAUUCCAUGACGAGCGCUGUUUUUACGCGCGUACGACGCCUGCGAUUGCGGUCCCAGCGACCUGCCCAAAGCGUCGGACAGCGGCGAAUGAAAGUACCGAAAACAACAAUAAUAAUAUGAACAAUAACGUUAGCAGCAGCAGCGGCAGCAACCAUUAUUACAACAGCGGUAUCGACAUUGCUGGUGG